AUGAAAGGUAGACAUCAAUUCCGUCGGCGUUUUAGUUUACAGCCAUCAUUCUUAAAAGAGGAACCCGAGGAGGACAGAAGGCCACCGAGGUCUGAAAGAACCGAACACACGGUCACAUCUAGUAGCGGGAACCUCGCCAAUAAUGCAGUUCGACAUAAAAUAGUCGUGCUAGGAGCUGCUAAAGUCGGUAAAUCGUCACUCAUAUCACAAUUCCUUUACAAUACGUUUUCGCCAAAAUAUAAGCGAACUAUCGAAGAAAUGCACCACGGCGAUUUCAAUGUGGCUGGCGUGAGACUAACAUUAGAUAUUUUAGACACGUCAGGAGCUUACGAGUUCCCAGCGAUGAGAGCGUUGUCGAUGCAAUCAGCUGAUGCGUUUAUCCUAGUUUACGAUAUAACGGAUGCCAACAGUUUUACCGAAGUUCGAGCGCUGAGGGAUCAAAUUCACGAGACUAAGGAAAGUACAGCGGUGCCGAUAGUGGUUGUUGGUAAUAAAGUUGAUCUGGCUGAAUCAGGCGAGAGACAGGUUGAAUUUCACACGACAGAAUCGGUUGUAACAGUAGAUUGGGAGAAUGGCUUCGUCGAAGCCUCUGCGAAGGAAAACAUAAACGUCUCUCAAAUCUUUAAAGAGUUGCUGGUGCAGGCAAAAGUCAAGUACAACCUUUCGCCAGCUCUACGACGCCGACGGAGGCAGUCGCUACCGACUGGACCACAAGGACCUCCUGGUUCCGCGCCUUCGCCAUCCAAUCAACCUCACGUACCGUCGCCAGCGCAGUUGGCUCAUUUACAACAGAUUAGAGAAAGACAUGCGAAUAGUAAACGCAACUCAUGCACUAUCUCCUAAAUCGUCCUUUAAGUCUGUAACAAUAUAUGUAUCUAUCAGUUAUUUUUAAAGAUUUGAUUAACUAAAGUUGUCUUCCUCGCAUCUCAAUCAUAGCCCCUUUAAAAUUAUUUUUAUUAUACGAUUUGUAAAAAUAAAAU